ACAAUAUUGGACUUACAUUUCCGCUCUGGGCCAUCACACGAAUAACAUAGUACGGCUGCGUAAGCGGUGUCGAGACAUGCAAGCACCGCCCCUCCGCAUGAGUCGGUAUGUUGGGAAGACUAAAUGGCGCGCUCACCAGGGUAACGCGGGAAACGUUGCCGUGUUGGUUCUGUUCUGUUCGGCUAACCGCCUCACUAUGUUUACACUAUCCGUGUCAACUUAGCUCUUAGCCCACUUCCACGCGCGCGAAAUAUUUUAACCCCAGCGAAUGUUUUGACACCACUCAUCUUCUUUCUGGAGGCUGCGUGGGACUGGUGGACCGGCUCGGGACAAGUAGCGGCGGUUUGGUGGAUGAACGUCCGCCAGCUAUCGCGGUUAGCUCGGGCACAAAGAAAGACGAGAGCGUUGCUAACGUGAACCUCCACGCGGCGGCCGAGGCUUCCCACGCAGAUGGAGUCAUUUCAGAAGGUCGAGAAGAUAGGAGAGGGCACUUACGGAGUGGUGUACAAAGCCAAGAACAAGAACACGGGAGAAACCGUUGCUCUGAAGAAAAUCCGACUGGACACGGAGACGGAGGGUGUUCCAAGCACUGCUAUCCGAGAGAUUUCCCUACUCAAAGAGCUCAGCCACCCCAAUAUUGUCAAGUUACACGAUGUCAUCCACACAGAAAACAAGUUAUACCUUGUCUUUGAGUUCUUGAACCAGGAUCUAAAGAAGUUCAUGGACUCGUCCACAGUCACCGGUAUCCCUCUGCCUCUCAUUAAGAGCUAUCUCUUCCAGCUGCUGCAAGGCUUGGCAUUCUGCCACUCCCACAGGGUUCUUCACCGGGACCUGAAGCCCCAAAACCUCCUCAUCAACGCCCAGGGGGAGAUCAAGCUAGCGGACUUUGGCCUGGCAAGAGCGUUCGGUGUGCCGGUGCGCACGUACACGCACGAGGUGGUGACGCUGUGGUACAGAGCGCCCGAGAUCCUGCUGGGCUGCAAGUUUUACUCCACGGCUGUCGACAUCUGGAGUUUGGGAUGCAUCUUUGCUGAAAUGAUCACCAGGAGGGCGCUGUUCCCCGGCGACUCCGAGAUCGACCAGCUAUUCCGAAUCUUCCGCACUCUGGGAACCCCCGAUGAAGCCACCUGGCCGGGAGUCACAUCUAUGCCAGACUACAAACCCUCCUUCCCAAAGUGGGCCCGCCAGGAACUUUCUAAAGUGGUUCCUCUCCUAGAUGAGGAUGGAAGAGAGCUGCUGGAAGAAAUGCUACAUUACGACCCAAACAAAAGGUUAUCUGCCAAAAAUGCCCUCGUCCAUCGAUUCUUCCGCGAUGUCACCAUGCCUCUCCCUCAUCUGAGAAUCUGAAUUGUGUUGUGGGGAAAAAGUAGGUUGUUGUCAUGACAAUAAGCAAUAAGUGGUUUGGUAUCCGUUUGAAGGUUAUUUGAUAUGAACAAACUUUUAAAUGUUCAUCUGCUUUUGUAGUCAUAAUAAUUUGUGGUUCUUUCCAGUAUUCUGCCCAGACCCUUUUUAUAUAAACGGAAUGUUGGCUUUAGGCCUCCAAAUUUAGAUAGGAAUCAAAGCAUUCGUUUUCGGGAUAGUGCAAAUACCAACUUUUUUAUUGGUCCCAGUUUGCCGGUGAAAGAACUCUGCAAAACUGAAAAAAAAAACAUUAUCUUUUAUUCCUCAUAUUUGUACAUAUGUUGGUGAUGUUUGCCUUGUAUUCAGAUUUUACACUUUCUCGUGUGCAUUUUUUCCUCACUCUAGAUUUUAUUCUCCCUUUAUGAAUCGUUUUUAUAUGGCUACUGCUUCUUGACAAAAAAUAAACUUGUUCAUAUAAGUUCACCGUUUCGACUGCA